AUGCCCAAAGCGACCUCCGAAAAGCUCUCAAGAGCGCACCGGCCAGCAGUAAAAAAGAAGGACAAGGAUGGCUCAGGAUCCGCAACAAACCCGCUCUUCAACACCCAGCGCUUUGGCCAGCAUAUCUUGAAAAACACCCAAACGGCGCAGAAGAUCGUCGAUGCGGCGAACCUCAAACCGACGGACAAGGUGUUGGAAGUUGGUCCUGGAACGGGAAAUCUGACUGUCAAAAUCCUCGAGAAAGCGAAACAUGUGACGGCCGUUGAAAUGGACCCUCGAAUGGCCGCAGAAGUCUUAAAAAGGGUACAGGGAACCCCAGAACAACGGAAACUCGAGGUUAUUAUUGGGGAUUUCGUCAAAGCUGAAAUUCCAUACUUCGAAGUCUGCAUUUCCAACACGCCGUAUCAGAUCUCCUCCCCGCUGGUGUUCCGACUAUUGUCCCAUCGACCCUUGUUCCGAGUGGCGAUCCUCAUGUUCCAACGCGAAUUUGCAUUGAGGCUGGUGGCACGACCAGGAACCUCGCUAUGGUCGAGACUCUCCGCCAACGUCCAGCUCUACGCGAAAGUGGACAAUAUCAUGCACGUGAACCGAAACGAUUUUAGACCACCGCCCCAAGUCGAGUCAUCUGUGAUUCGGCUGGUUCCUUUAGACCCCCCGCCACCUGUCAAGUUUGAGGAAUUCGAUGGCCUGAAUCGCAUAAUCUUCUCCCGGCCAAACAAAACCGUUCGAGGGAACUUCCAGGCGAAGGGUGUGAUGAAGAUGCUUGAACAAAAUCGGAAUACUUGGCUGUCGAUGCAGUCGAUGGCGGUGGACAACGAGAACACGUCGAUCAACGAAUUGUUGGACAAAAUUCUGGAAGAGGGAGGGUGGACAGAGUCCCGUGCAGCUAAAAUGGACAUUGAUGAAAUCCUCAAACUACUGGCAGCCUUCCACGAGGUUGGCAUCCACUUUUCGUGA